AUGGCGCGCCGCCGUGGUCAAGUGGGUCUAGUCAGGACGGACGGGGCCUGGGCGCAAUUUAAGACGCCUCGCCAGGCCCUUGGUGCUUCGAUUUUCAUGACUCUUGCUGGCGCCUCCUUCCUCCUUCUCUGUAGAAUCAGUCUUGGACAGAGCACUCUGAUCGAUGGUGAAACGGAAAUCGCAAUUGCUGGCUGUCUCUUCAAUCAACUAAAUUGUACACCAUGCAUUCAAGGAUCUAUUUUUCAGUUCGGGCACGAUUAUGAUGGCGCCACACAAAUGCAUAAACCAUCUGGGCCACUGGCCUUGGACUUCAACUCACAUUUCUUCGCUGACUCUGGGAAGGUCCUACAUGUGGAGUCGCUAGAAAGCGCCUCAUCUACCUUCACAAACAGCUCUGGACAAAAAAAACAGACCAAGGGCAACAAUACCUCUAGCAAAGAAUAUAAGCGGUCUUCUAAUGCAAUUUCAAGGGAAAGAGAAGUCUGCUUUAGCUUGCAGCAGGGCAAAAAUCACCAGUUUUGUACCGGGCUGGGAAGAACGACCUCAUAUCUCGGUGGUGGACUCUCUGCCGAGCUGAUGCUCGAAAUAAUAUCCAGCUUACCUUUCAAUGAAUCAUUGAAAUUGCGACUCGUUUGUCGGAGGCUUGCUUUACUUUGCUCUGUCAAGCACCUCCCGCAGUCAUACUGCCGGAGUCGAUUUUGCCUCGGUCAAGAGGCAGACUUUCUUUUCCCAGACUUCUUAAACUCAAGCCUCUCCAGGGACCGGAACUGGACGGCAAUCUUCUUUAGAGUAGUUCACACUCUACGUGAUGGGGAUCGUUCUAUGAUGAAUCGAAAGAGAAUUCGUGGUCUGCUGGAACCGAUCGCAGUCCUCUGGGACUGUGCGGCUUCCUUUGGGACUGGGCCUUAUGGCUCUGCAGUAUCGCCAGAGCCAGAUGAAGCACGACCAGACGAAGAACGCUUGUUUCGUUUUAUGGAUGACCGUACUGCAAAAAUGGACUGCCUAUCUCUGAAGGUUAUUGCUCGAUUCUCGGGACAAAUGCAAACCUGCACUAAAGGUCCCCUGCGGGAAGGUUGUCGUGAAUUUCAUUACCGGACACAGUCACUAGCUUCUCUCCCCCAGGAUUCAUCUUGGAAAUAA